UUGAUAACUUACAAGAAGGAUGGUUAGAUUUAGGGCAAAACAAUCAAAAUCUCGUGCUGUCCUGCAAGGUUAGGAUGCAUCCUAACCAGUAAUAGUUUCAACAGUGCCAUUGUUUUGCUCAAUGAUUAUAAAUGAGUAGUUAAGAAAGUCAGAUUUCAAUUGGCCAGCUGAGGUUUUAACCAUGCACACAUCUAGAUUAAUCACUCCGGAGAUUGGGGAUUAUCAACUGUUACAUAAUAGCAGAUUUUUUUUAAUUGGAACAGGACUGUUAGCAGAUGCUGCAUUUGCUAAAGAAACCAGAUUGUAAUGCAAUACAUCCAGAAUGCGUGCUUUGUUUGGCAGAAUCAUGCAUGUGGAUUGCUACUUUUCUUUGCCCUAACCUCUAGUGACAGCACACUGCUAAUCAGGCAGGUGAAUUAUUAGAGUUGGAUUUAGUUCUUAUUUGGGCUGUUAAGUAAAAACUGAAGUUGGUUUGGUUCAGUUGUGGUUCAACACAGCUUCAGAUCUACUGUGUGAGUUCAGCUCUGACUGAAGAAAAGCUAACCCCAUGUACUGUAAAAUCUCAUAGUAAUUUGAAUCCCAUGUGUAUCACAGCUCUGUAAUUUGAUAAACCCUUAAAGCAAUAAUAUUGCUCAAAUCCAUAUAGUGUAUGUGGGUGGGAUCUCUUCAUUCACAUACAGCACAGGUUUUUUUUAAAAAAAGUUAGCUCAUCCCACAUUAUGGGAUGUGCUGUGUGCCAAGCAGAAGGUCUGUGCUAAAAUUUACAGUGAUUCUUUUUGCCUUUUAAAAUGUAGGUGCAUAAGCACUGAAUUUUCUGUGUGAUUAAAUAAACCUCCCCACGGAUCCUAGAGAGGGAAUUAUGUGUGCUUGCUGAAAUGCAGCAGCACUACCUGGUGUCCAAAAGCUGAUCCUGGGUGAGGGAUUCCUGGAAAAAGCAAUAUAUAGCCUUUUAAGGAGAGCUACUUGUGUUCCAGUUGGUAUUUCAUUACUGCAAAUAAAUGUCUGUUAUAGCAGUUUGUUCAUAAUGAGAAGGAAGGGAUUAUCAGGCAAUGCAACAACUGUGGAAGAGGAGAAGAACCUGCUGCAGAGAGACAAAGAUUCUGUUUGCCAGAUCAUGCACACACCAAGAGGCAUCCCUCAUCUCCGAUGCUUUCCUGGAUCACUCACACCAUUAGCUGAAGCUGUGUUUGCAUUUCUGAAGAAGUUAAUUGGCAAUUAAACCUCCACUCAACCUUUCCCUGGGGUAUGGCUGUCACUUAGAGUGUUGCUUUUGUUUACCAAGCAAAACAGCCAGGGCUGCUGGGUCUGGAGAGCAAUGGUGAGUCCAGGGGCUCCCAUGGGAGGCUUGUCCAUCACACCCAGCAGCCAGCUAAGUGGCCAGGAAAGAAGCACAGCACAUCCAGAAAGGGGCUCCUUAGGUUGGAAUUACUGGUCCAAAUGGUUGCACAGGCUGUCUCUUCAUACUGCAAGUCAGAAACUUUGUAAGCCUUCUCUAUUUCAGCCAAGUCCUCUCCAUUUAGCUAUUAAUAAUGACUGCACACUGAUGUCCUUCCCCCUAGCUUAGGGGAGCUCCUAGGUUGUCAAGAAGUUUGGAAGAAAAAUAAUCAAUGCCAAGGACAUGGUAACCAGUUGUAUUUUUUGCCUAGUUCAGACCUCACCUUCUCCUCCUAGCCCUGGACACAACAUCCACUCUGAAAGUUCAUAUUUAACAGUUUAAUGCUCUUUUCUAAUCCAAUAUUGCUCCUUGCAAUUGUAAACAUUGAGCAUUUACAAUAUCUUUAGUGACCACAGAAAAUGUGAGAUAGCAAAUAUUUCCACAGGUUUAUCUGAAAUCAAGAGAGGAGUUAAAGGAAGAUCUGAGGUGAGACAAGGGAACUCUGCAGAUCCCAGCAGCAGAUCAAGAGACACUUUUGAGUUCUGACAGCUGGUCUGAAUUGUCAGUGGAAAUUUGUCUGAAUUUUCAAUAGAAUAAUGGACUUUUGGUAAAGGGAGUGAGGAAGAGUAUCUGUGUAUGUGUGAGUGUUUAAGACUAUAUAUUUGAGGGAUUCUCUUUUCUUUGCAUGAAUCAGAAAACUUAAAAUAAUAAUAUUAGGAAUUUUAUGCACAGACUGCAUUUUUCACUUAACUUUCCCGUUGAGACUUCCACUCUAUCGUGAAAGAUUUAAAAGGAGAAUAAUUAAAUGAAUUACAUUAGGCCUCUGCUUCAGUUCUCAAGUACUUAAUCUCUCUGGCUAGGAUUCAAAUCUAUGGCCUGAAGUGCUCCAUCUUUAAAAAAUCGAGCCACUGAACUAGACAGCAUUUAAAGAGUGCCCAUCUUUAGGAUCUGGUGUCACAAAGCAAAGGAGACCUAUUGCAGAGGAACAGGUAGAUAUGCUACAUAUCCUGCAGUGAAUUUUCUAUAGAAAACCAUUUUCAGUGAUGCUCCUGAUUUGCAAUUGCCCGUUCUCUUUCUCAACCUGCUGACUGCCACUGCCACUCCUGGCUUGUCAUUGCCUUCUCUUGCUCUCCCCUCCCCUAGCUACCACUUGCACCAACAGCAUCCUCACACCUUGCAAGUUCUGGAUUUUUAUCCAGUUUUAGUGGACAUUGCAGCAAAAGCGUGACAGGCAGUGCGAGGCUGGGUGUGGCUGACAGGGGUGUGUGUGUUUUUGUGGGUAUGAGCCUGCCAAAAUUAGGCAGAAACUGCAGAAAGAGACAUCCUUUCACAGCGGCCAACAGGAAUGCUACCAGACCUCUGAAACACACCCAUGUCGUUGGUAUGUCCCUCAGGGAGCUCGGUGUCUCUGGUGACACCUGGGAGUUGGAGAUUUCAUAAAGCAUCAGUUGUGAUUAGCAAGUAGGGUGAAAAGAAACUUGGGAGACCUUAAUACUGACACAACAACUGCUCUCUUCUGGCAAAUACUGCAUGGAAGAGAAUCAUUGAAGAAUAGGGUUUUGGUAGGAGGAGUAAAGAGCUGAAAUGCAGUCCUGGGCCUCCAGUGCAGCAGUAUCCCGGGAUGUUUAUGUGCCUGUGUUGUCCUCGAAGCUGGAAGAGCAACACACUUGCCUCAAGGCACACCAUGAUGGAGGAAGCAGUGGAGGGAGAUCUGCAUGCAUAAUCUUGUGCCAGGCGAAAGGAGGGUGUCCAUCCAUAUGCUGGCCUUCUAAAUGGAGGAUACUUAGCUCUACCAUCUACCUGUGACAGAAACCAAGUAUUUCCCCAGGCUCUUGGGUUACCACAAGGAGGGGAGUCCUCUGGAUUUGAGUUAAAAGGCAUUUUGUGCAUGCUAAAAACAUGGCCCUAGCCCUAGUCUGAUAAAGCACACAUCCUGCUUUUCUACUAUCUCACCUCUGAGCAUUUGCAAGGCUGUUGUGGUCUUUUUGGCACACGAAUACUGAGCUGGGGAAGGACUUCAGCAUGGAUCAUGCUAGUACUGCCCUGAUGGAUGCUGACAUCUGAGUGAGUCCUUGACUGACCCUGGAAGACAGCUGAGGAGUUUUAUGGUCAUCUAUAAUCAGGGCCAAGCAACAAACUUUAUCUUGAGUGAACUAUCAAGCAGAAGUGAGGCGUUGGCUUUAUAAGCAGUUUAUAUUUAAUUUGGUAACUAUUACUCACUGCAUUUCUGCCAGGUAAGCCCUGGCCUGGCACUUCUAACAGUCUCCGGCUCUAACUCACAGGAACACAAAGCAUCUCCCCUCAAAUGCCCAUGGCUCCUAGGAGAUGGCUGGCUGUGGAGUCCCCAACUCCAUCUGCCUGAGCUUUGCUGCCAACUCAGAAGAAACUGCACAGAAGAGAAUCUCUUUCUCCCAGAACUGCAGCAAGACAUCCUUCAGUAGGGCUAGCAGCAGACCAUUGUGUGUUAUCAUGUUCUUUGCUUACAUAUUUCUGAAGCCUGACUGAUAUUUCCAUGGUGGUUCUCUACAGGGCUUCUCAUCAACUCUCCAGCUCCAGGAGGUGACAAGGGGAUUUGUGACUCCAAGAACAAGAACUGCCUGCCCUGGGCACUUGCUCUGAACUGUAAGAAAAUAUUUGGGAUCAAUAGGCUGUGAAUUCAAUUACUUGACCUUAUCUUACAAUUGUUCAUUAUAUUUUUCUCCCCUGAUGGUCAUUUCAGUCAAGGAAAAUCAUAGCAUUGGUUAAAGUUAGUCUACACACACUGACUGAAACUGCUGGCUUCUUCCCAGCCAUGGUUCUGCAGUCAGUAGCAGAUUUGUAUGCAGACAUUGCAUAGAAUCAAUAAGGUUGGAAAAAAUCUUCAAUAUCAUCAAGCCCAACCAGAUGUAUCUGAUUAAACAUGUAAACACAAUUGUAUUUUUGAUAAUUUAUCCAGGAGAAACAAUAUUGAGUUUAUGCCAGCUUUUAUGCUGGCUGCAUGAGGACACAGAUCUGUACUUGCAUGAAGAAGCUUGUUGAUAAAAAAAAUCCAACAUCUAUCAAAGUUUCUGGGUUUUAUUUUUCUUUUCUGAUGAAAACUGAAAGGGAGGAGUGAUUUAUGUUGGAUCUCAGCUUUUCUUUGUGCUAUUGUGGUAAAGAAUAAUUUUCUGUAUCGCUGAGCAGGAUUGUUUUUGUGUGCAGCCUGAUUCCCAGGAAUGUUUCUUGCAUAGAAGCAGACUCCUGCAGAACCUCUAACCCAAGACACUGCUGGCAGGAGAAAUCAGAUCCCAGGGCAGGAUGGCUAUCUCAGAAUCUCUACUGCCAACAGCCACCCAUGAAAGAGGAAGCCUGAUCCUCUCCCAGUGAGAAUCUCAGUCUUUGCAACCCCACAUCUCACAGGGUGGAGUGGACAAGGAAGGAAAAGGGGAAACUACUUCAGGCACAGUGGGCAAGUCACAGUUUCAGCUGUUUUCCACUUACUUCUGCCCAUUCUUGCCCCAGCUUCCACAUAUGUGGAAUAGGAAAGACUGUGAUACCUGUCCCCGUGGGACAGCAGCAAGUCCAAGGCAGGAACAGGUCCAUCAGGUACUCCAGGAACCAACCCCUGCCCCUGGGUUUCCAGGUACCAGGCUGUUCACCCCUGGGAUUGCAUGCAGAAGUGAUCCUGUUUGCAGCAGUGCAGAGCAUCAUGCUCCUAGCAGAGGACCAGGCAGUCCAUUUCCACAAGCAAGCUCUUCUCACCAAUUAGGAAUGCUGUAGAAGUUAAUUCACAGGUUUGAAAGUUUCUGUUUAUAGGAUAUACUCAAGAACAUUGAUUUCAAUAUUUUAAUAAGUCUCCUUGUCCUUUUCUUGACCAAAUUUCUCCCUUUCCCAGUAAAUGAAAGUCCUGUACCAGGAAUUAGGGCAUUUAGGAGCCAGGAAGAGAAAGGGUUUGGACAAAACCUGCUAAUUUAAAGAAGGGAACUUCUUUGAGAGGAAGCAGCAAUCAGCACAGAAAGCAAAGCAUUGUUACAUACCAGAAAUGUUUAUAUUUGUCCUGAGACUGAAAAUAGCAGGGAGCACAGCAUGCAGUUUGGAAGAACUGAUAGCUGCAGAGACAAGUAAAGGCUCUGAAGGACACCAGAAUGUGGGGGGUUUUUGUGAUUAUUUUGGAUAAUAUUUACUUUUUGGUGCAACAAUCUUCGUUUCCAAAGGAAAACUAGUAAACCUUUACAGUCUUAGAGUUUUUGGUAAACCUUGGAUACACACUUUCAAAGCCAGAAUAUGAGGGAUUCAAGGACAGGACACCCAGGAGAAAGUCCAGUAGUAUGCAAAGAUCCCACAUGUCCCUUUCCAGAAAUGACAGCCUCUCCCUUGUCUUCUCUCCUGUCUAAGGCAAUGGUGCUCUGAACUGGCUGGCUGAAGACCCUUUAUCUCUGUGCCAGUCUCUUCCAAGGGUGCCAUAAUGUUUAUACCUGAACUGAUUUAAAGAUGAAGAAAAUAGAUGGAGCAGGGUGGGGUGGAGCUUGCUGUAAUGAUGACUGUGAUAAGUACUGGCAGGGGGAUGUUUUUCAGGGAGCAAGGCUGUUCUUAUGUUAUUAAGCUAUCUGUUGUGCACAGGUAGCUAAGCAGGAGGAAUGUCACAAGCCUAUUCACAACGCAGCCAAUAUCACCGGUCAAACAUAAACAUGUUAUUUAGACACAUUCCAGAGCGCCAUGCACCAUCUCUCCCCAGGCAUCUGCUUGCCUUAUUACUUGUCUUAAUAAAAGAUGCUAUCUCUGUCCCUGCACCUCCCAGACAUGCUUCCUUCCCCAGGCCUGGCUGAGCUGAGGGGCUGCAGCAUUCUGCCGUUUGCUGGGACACCGAAGCCAGUGGAGAAGGGCUGGUCCAGGGCACUGGGCAGUGCUGGGCACUCCCACCCCACAGGGGGGUGAGAGCCAGGCAAUGCCAGCAGCAAGAAGGGGCAGGGAGCAGAGCUGACUCAGAGGAAGAGCCCCAUCCUGCUGCCCGAGAACUGGGAGUUGUGGGUGCCAAAGGGGUCAGACCCUGCUGCUGUCCCUGACUCUCCUUGUCAACCAGUCACUAUCCUUCCCAUUACCAGCAGCCAGCUUGCUUGUCCAGGGCUGCAAUGUGGCCAAAGCAAGCAGUUUUGCUACAAGAGCCUCCUACCUAAAGGAACUUCCAGCAUUACCAGCAUUUUGCUACUGGAUUGUGUUUAAAUUGUUUUGCAGAUUUGCUAUGCAAUUCAGCUGUCAAGUGUAAAGAUCUGUAUCAUUCUCUUGUCUCCAUCUCUCUUGGAAAGAAAUGGGUCAUUCUCAGGUGUGAUUUGGUUUGUCUUGAAGGAGAUCAACUGUAACUACCCUGGAAGUGCCCCUUUCUCUCCACCAACCACAGUGGGAAUCCACAUGGCUGCCUCCAAUGAAGAAGUCUGCUCUCUAGACACCUAGGAGUCAAUUUGAUUGUCCAUACGCUGCUGCCUAGGGUCAUUUGGGAUCUUCUGUGCUAUUUAGCUCCAGAAGGAUUGAUUCCCAUAGCUCUUCUACCUUAUAUGCCAUCCCUAUGCUGUUCACUGAGUAACAAGUAACAUCUUCAAUUAACUCUUUAUCUAUGCUGGUGUACCAGAAUUAAGUCCUUACAGAGAACUAGGUACCUACAGAUAAGCUGGGCGUCUCAACUCUGAAAUAGCCAGGCAGAUUGAGCACUCAAUCCAUUUGCUCUUCCAAAGGUGAAUUGAGAUGCCUAAGGGUAUCAGAAACAUCUGCACAGGACUGCCAGAUCUGAUAGAGGAGGUAUGGGAAAUUCAUGUGCUCCUGCAAGCACAUCUCACCUUUCUGGUGUGAUCACUGUGCCAUUUCUACUCUCACCUGUAGACCAGUGGUGCCUCUCCACCCUCCCUGGCACAGCAUGAGAGCCAUGGACACUAUGCCUCACACCACAAUGAGUCAACUGCCCUCAGGCUUCUAAAUCGCUUGGGAUUGUUUUAAAAUGUAGCCCCAUUAGCCUUCUGAAAGCACAGGUUAUGUUUGAUGACUGGCUCUCAUGGAUUUCUCAGGCAUUCUGAAAAAUGUCUGUGUUACUUUUACCUUUUCUUCUUUUUUUCCCCUGAUGUAAUUUGACAUGGUCUAUUCCAUGAGGUUUUGUGUGUCUGUGUAAAUGUGGGGAAGUAGCUGGCAGUCCAUAAUGUGCUCUGACAAGAUGCAAAUAGGCUGGCAGUGACCUGUGACCUUUGAAAGCUUCUUGCGAGGCUUUCCUAAGACAAAUUGGGUCCCACUGAGGUGGUGCUAAGCUCCUCUCCAUCGCUACUUAUUUUGUCAUUUUUCAUAACUAUCUCCUUCUUGGCUGGCUUACUAAGCCCAGGAUCUGCUUUAAAGUUUAGACUAAUUUCAUGGAGAGAAACCUGGUAUGUCCUUUCCUAAGAAGCCUCAGGAUUUUACACUGAAAUAGAAGUAAGAAGGAUGUGAAGAACUGUCUUAGGGUUCAGCAUGGCCCACUUCACAGUGACAGCACUGAGUGCUGCCUUUUGCUGGAUGAGCCACUCAUCCCUGUAGGUCCUCGUGUACUUUUGUGGGGUGUGGAACUCCCUCAUAGGAGUUUUGUGGCAAUCUCCACUUGUGAGAUUCAAAAAGGAUCAGCACUCAGCAAUAAGCCAAAAGCCCUAGAACAAACAAACAAAAUUAACAAGCAGAUUAAACACCUGUGGGCACUUAGACCUCAGCACAGGCGUGUGCAGCUGCUCUACCCCCACCUCUGGUUUUGGGAAGGAGCACAAACUUUGUGAGGUGGGGGGGAUUUUUAGGUUUGGGACUUUGUGUAGGGACUGAGUGCUUCAUGUGUAUAGGCCUUGAUGUCAAUUCCUUAAUCAGGAUAACGAAAUACUCCCAGUGAGUAAUAUUUAAAAUAACAAAUGAAGUCAUGAACACAGUGGAUAUACUCGAGGAUUUAGAUGGGCUUGUGCUGAUAGGUGUGUCGGGCCAGAGGCAUAAAAUGUAGAGCAAGGGGGAAUUUGUCAUUGCCUUUGUUCAUUAACCAUUUGGGCCAGCAAUUUGGACAAAGUGACUCAGUGCUGGCGAGUGGAGCUGAGCCUUCAGAAAGCAAGGCUGGUCUGAGCAGACACGAGGAAACCCAAGCUGCCCUUUGCAGCAGGGUGGCACGGGCGGAAGGGACAAGCAGAGCAGACGUGUCCCCACACAGCACCUUGAGAGCCCCGAGAACACAAACCACCUCUGGAUCCGGGCUCGCCGUUCUCCCUGGGCACUGGGGCCAGUUUCACCCACCACAGCCUGCUCAUCCACUUUACGAGCAGUUUAUCUGGCGAGAAGGCAGGCAGGGAGACAAAAGGCUGGAGCAGGGAGGGGACGCGCUGCUAUUCAUAGUGGCGGUCCCCACCCACGGGUGCCAGGAGCCAGCCAGGGCAGCAGCACCUUAUCAGGCACCGGAGUGAGGCAGCCAGGAGCCCAUUCAGCCCAUUCGGCGCUGUCCCAGCGCUCCAUCCCCACCCGGCCCAGGGUGAGUGCCCCGCUGACGUCAGGGGCCCUUACUUCAUUUCCUGGCACAGGGGCCGAAUUUUCGCGGCCGUGUCCUGUGGGAGAGCAGAGGAGAGGCGGUGGAACUGGAAUAGGCGUGCUCGGCCCCACCUCCGAGCCCUCCAGCUGUUAAAGCUCCCAGGAGCGGCGGGCGCGGAGCUGCUGCCGGGCCUGCGGGAGCGGAGGAGCCGGGCACUGCUGAGCUUUCCUGGACGGAGCCUCCCGCUGCCUUCACCGGGCAGGACCCACGCAGCUUUGGAGAGGGUGCUCAGGAAGGCGAGAGGAUGGCAACGUCACCGCCCCCAGGCUGCGGCAACAUCGGUGCUGACUACCACCUGCUCUGUGACACAGAGAAGGCCUGGGGGAUUGUCCUGGAGUCGCUGGCUGCAGCAGGCAUCCUCAUCACCAUUUUCCUCAUCUGCUCGCUCUUCUUCCUCAUCUGCAAAGUCCAAGACAACAGCAAGAGGCACAUGAUCUCCGUCUAUUUUUUCUUCCUUUUAGGCACACUCGGCGUUUUUGGUCUCACUUUUGCCUUCAUCAUUAAACUCAAUGACAGGACUCGUCCCACUCGCUUCUUCCUAUUUGGAGUCAUCUUUGCUCUCUGCUUCUCAUGCCUGCUCACCCAUGCCUGCAACCUCAACAAACUAGUAAGAGGAAGAAAGCCCUUCUCCUGGAGGGUGCUACUGCUCCUCCUUGUUUCCUUUGCCCUGGUACAAGUUGUGAUCAGCAUUGAGUACUUAGUCACCAUGUUAGUAAACCAGAGAGAAGUAUUCCUGACUAUGUCUCGGGAGGAUACCAACAAGGACUUUGUCAUGCUUCUGAUCUACGUGCUGUUCCUGAUGGCUCUGACCUUCUUGGUUUCCAUGUUCACAUUCUGUGGGCCAUAUAAAAGCUGGAAGAGGCAUGGGGCGCACAUCUUUGUCACUGUCCUGUUCUCCAUUGCCAUUUGGGUAGUGUGGAUCACUAUGCUCAUAAAAGGCAACACGGACUUAGACAAAAUAACGUGGGAUGAUCCUGUUGUGGCCAUUGCUCUGGUGUCCAAUGGCUGGAUUUUCCUGAUAAUGUAUAUUGUCCCCGAAAUUUGUUUCCUCACUGCUCCUCUGAAGCUAGAGGACUACCCUCCAGAAAAUGACUUCUGCCAACCCAAGUUCAUAAAGCAGGCAACUGGAGUGGACAACCGUGCCUACACCCAAGAUGAAAUUGUGCAAGGAGACCUCAACUACUCCCCGUACGCUUCUAACUUUCAGAUGAAGGCCAUUGAACCCCAGAAUGAUUUCUCCAUCCCUCGCCCCAAGGCCCGGACAAGCCCAUACCACGACUACACUGGUGGGAAAAGCCCCAUGUAGCAGCUCCACAGUCAGCAGAGACUGAGUGCCCCUCAGCAGAGGCAUGGGGAAUGGGCCACAUGGUGACAACUGAGAUGAUCCUGCAGAAGAGUCAACCCACACCAGCAAAAAGGAGAGGGAUCCUCUUUCCCCCACACAGGCAUCUUUGUAGCUCCCUGUUAUUCUUCUAACAUAGCUUUCAGGCACAGCCCUGGCCAUCCUGUCCUUGCUCACUCUGUCCCCAUGGAAUGGAGCUUCUCUCUCUGAUGGAAGAGCAUCCUGGCCUAUUUUCAGCAGGAAUGCUAGAGAAGCAGGAAGAUCAUCAGCUGGGUCUGUGACUGGCUUUGCCCCAGACAGGACCUGCUUUAAUCAGCUCAUGGGGGUGCCUGCACCCCUCAUCUGAUGGGAGAAGAGGAAGGACCAGGAGCAUCAGCCCUACACAGUCCUUCCUCCUGCCCACCCACGAUGACAUCUCAGGUACUACUGAGGACAUUUUUAUGUAUCCACUGUUAGUUGUGUGCCUACUCCCAGCCCUGCCUGGCUGUCCUCCAGAGAUCAGUGGAGAAGACAGAAAGAGUAUUUCUUUUUUCAUCUUCAUAUUUGCUUUUAGCACCUUCCUCAUCAUCUACAGACCAUGCUGGAGAUGGGGAAGAAAACUUAAAGACAUAAAAUCAUCGCCACCAAUUUACCCUGACACAUGUUCCAGUUCAUGUUCUAACAGCUUCCUUUCCAGUUCUGAUUCUUACCCAUGUGCCCCAACUGAGCUGCCCAAGGUGCCUGCCCCCCUGCAAACUCUCCCUCCCCACCCCAGCCACUCUAGGCUGUGGAUCCCCAAAGACAAAGCCUCUUCCAUGUGGCUCCUCACCCUGGUGAGAUAUAAUCCUGUGAACCCUGGAUCUUGCCUCUUCCUGAGUGUGUCUGUGGUAUUAACACAAACAUUUCCCAAGCAUCCAGGUUACAGAGGGCAGACACCCUUCUUCCCAGGUAUGAGUGAGUGUGUAUAAAAGUGUGUGUGUGUGGGGUGUGGACUGCACCCUGGUGAUGAGCAAUGAGUCUGCAGAGUUGAAUCAUUCUGUAACCUGCUUUGCAUUUGAUAAGUAGCUUUCCAUGGUAUUUCAUGUAGAACUCCAGAGAGCUCUCCAAGUGAGUGUGUGUGGUACACUGGCAUCUGACACAGCUGUAUAUUUAUUUAGUACUUUGUAUAUGGACUGUUUAAUUAAUAAAAACCCAAACAGCCUGAGUAUGAGAAA